AUGCGUUGUUGCUUGUGUGGAAUAGAAAGUAUGUUUGACGCCUCGAUGUGCUUUGACUGCGCAGUUCGAGAGCUGCCAAAACUAAAGCUGGAAACAACCCGGCAGAUUGACCGGUGCAGUACGUGCAUGCGGUACAGUGUUCCGCCGUCGGGGUGGACCACGCUGCGGUUUGAAGGCCCGGAAAUGCUUGCAUACUUGCUCAAGAAGAUUCCAGAGCUUUCAAAGCUGCGCCUUGUUGACGCGUACUUUAUACACUCGGAGGAGCACUCGAAGAGAGUUCGCAUGAAAGUGAGCAUUGACCGGACUGAGGAGGUCGGGAUGCCUGGCGCCGAGCACACGGAAGAGCUCGAUGUAACGUGGGUGAUCAAGGGAAAGCACUGCCUGGACUGUGCGCGGGCAGCGUCCAACCAAACAUGGAGCUGCGUGGUCCAGCUCCGGCAGAAGUCAAAAACCAAGCAGACGCUUCUGCUGCUGGAGCAGGCCAUACUCAAGGCAGGCCUGCACGAAGAGACAACCGACAUAAAGGGCGAGCAGGACGGAAUCGACUUUUUCUUCAACUCCCGAACAGCGUCUUUGAAGCUUGUUCGGUUCAUUGAGGACUACGCGCCCUCCCGGGUGAAGGUGUCUGAGCAGCUGGUCACGCUUGACAAGAAGUCAAACAACAGUCGGUACAAGUUUGCAUACUCUGUUGAAAUUCCAGCUCUAAACGUAAACGACCUUCUGUACAUUCCCGAGGCGCUGGCAAAAAAGCUGUCUCUCACCGUGAUGUGCAUAGUGAUUCGAAUAUCGCAGUCUAUUCUGCUGGCAGACAGCAGGGGGCAGGUGAAGGACUUGGGGAAGGUGGACUACUUUAGGUUCGCAAAGUCCAUUCGCGUUGUGGGGAACAGCAAGACGCAGAGCCUGUUCCAGGUUGUUGAAGUGGACGGGCAGAACCAACACGCGCACAAGGGCAAGGCUGGCGCUAGCACGCACCUAAACUUUGGCAGGAACCAGAUAUACAACGUGGUGCUGCUGAAGGGAGACGGCGAGCUUGUGGACGCAAAGACCCUGGUGAAGGGCCUGGAGCCAGGCGUGAAUGUGGUUGGGUAUGACCUAAUCAACUUGAACACAAACCUGGACAUUGACGCGUCUAUUUUCCUCAUAAAGAAGGAGACGGGGGUAAACCUCAAGUGGAAGAUAAAGAGAGUCGGCGGAGGGUACCAGACGGAGCACGCGUCGGCAAUGAUCAUAGAUGCUGUCCGAAACGACCCGUCCCUCUUAAAGACCGUUGAUAUAUAUGAUGAAAACGACAAACUCAUCAAGGGAAUAUCUCUUUUGAAGAUGUAA